CCCUCGUUGGCCACCGUACCGCCGUGAUGAGGGAAGCGACGAAGUUCCGCGAAGUAAGUUCAGCCGUGGAUGGGUCGCGAUUGUCCCUGGAGGAAGUCAAUUUUAUUCCUAAAGGAUUUUUCGCUGAGUAUCCUUUAUAGGUUUGUGCUUAUAAUACUCUUAUCGAGGAUCAAGAAGUGGAUGGUAAUGAGAAAUUACGUGACGGUGCUUCUUAUUUGCUUCACAUGAUGUUCUUCAAAUUUGAGUGUGUGAACCCGGGGAUGUAAAAAGACUUCUGAAGAGGUGCUGGCUCCCCCGGAACAAGAGGGAUCAAAGGAAAGAAGGAGGAAAAGACUCUGAGACUUAAGUACUGUCAGUUCUGGAGACAUCCUUGAUUGGAGACUGAGAUUUUUAAACAGAAAUUUACAGCUGAUCCAGAAGAGCUAAAGACAGCAUCCCAGUUUGCUGCCAUUUCCCAAAGUCAGAAGAAAAUGAUCCAGGCCCAGAACAUCACUUGGUCAAACGUGACUGUGUUAUGACAGGAAUCCCUGACGUAUGACGACGUGACUAUGAAGUUCACGUGGGAGGAGUGGCAGCUCCUGGACCCUGAUCAGAAGGGCCUGUACCGGGAUGUGAUGCUGGAGAACUAUAGCAACUUGCUGUCCAUAGGGUAUCAAGCCAGCAAACCAGAUGCUCUCUCCAGGUUGGAACGAGGAGAACAACUGUGGCCAGUAGAAGAUGACAGCCACGGUCGAAUCUGUCCAGAAAUCAGGAAAGUUGAUGACCUUCUGCAGCAUCACUUGCCAAAUCACAGCAUUCAAAAUAUUGUGGAACAAUGCUGCGAACAUAAUACACUUGCAAAUAUUGUUAAUCAGAACAAAAGUCAUUUCCUGUUAAAGCAAAAUUGUGAUAUGUUUGACUUAACUGAAAAACCUUUAAAUUCAAAUUUAAGUUUUGAAAACCAGAAGAGAAGCUGUAACUUAAAGAACUCUGCUGAGUUUAAUGGAGAUGGGAAAUCCCUUCUCCAUGCUAACCAUGAGCUAUCUUUUACUGAAAUUAAAUUUCCUGUAAGUGCAAAACCCAUCAGCAAUAACUCCCUGUCUACUAAGCAACAGAGAACUCACAACAUAGAGAAAGCCCAUGUAUGCAGUGAGUGUGGGAAAGCCUUCUUCAAGAUGUCUCAGCUCUUUGAUCAUCAGAGAGUUCAUACUAGAGAAAAACCUCAUGGAUGCAGUCUGUGUGGGAAAGCCUUCUCCAGAAAAUCCAGGCUCACUGAACAUCAGAGAACUCAUACAGGACUGAAACAUUAUGAGUGCACUGAAUGUGAUAAAACCUUCUUCGAGAAAUCGCAGUUCAACAUACAUCAGAAAAGUCAUAUGGGAGAGAAACCUUACACAUGUAGUGAAUGUGGGAAAGCAUUCACCAAAAAGUGUCGGCUCAUUUAUCAUCAGCGAACUCAUACAGGGGAGAAGCCCCAUGGAUGCAGUCUGUGUGGAAAAGCCUUCUCUACAAGGUUCAGUCUCACUACACAUCAGAAAACUCAUACAGGAGAGAAACCUUACAUAUGCAGUGAAUGUGGAAAAGGAUUCAUCGAGAAGAGGCGGCUUAUUGCACACCAUCGAACUCAUACAGGUGAGAAACCAUUUAUAUGCAAUGUAUGUGGGAAAAGUUUCACCUUGAAGAACAGUCUUAUCACUCAUCAGCAAACUCACAGAGAAGAGAAACUGUAUAUGUGCAGUGAAUGUGGGAAAGGCUUUUCAAUGAAGCACUGCCUCAUUGUACAUCAGCGAACUCAUACUGGAGAGAAACCCUAUACAUGCAAUGAGUGUGGAAAAGGCUUCACCUUGAAGAGCCCUCUCAUCAGACAUCAGCGGACUCAUACAGGGGAGAAACCCUAUGUAUGUAGUGUGUGUGGAAAAGGCUUCACCAUGAAGAGUGAUCUUAUUGUACAUCAGCGAACCCAUACUGCAGAGAAACCCUAUGUAUGCAGUGACUGUAGGAAAGGCUUCACUGUGAAGAGCCGCCUGAUUGUACACCAGCGAACUCAUACAGGGGAGAAACCCUACGUGUGCAGUGAAUGCGGAAAAGGCUUUCCAGCCAAGAUCCGGCUGAUAGGACAUCAGCGAAUUCAUACAGGAGAGAAACCAUAUGUAUGCAGUGAAUGUGGUAAAGGCUUCACAGAGAAGAGUCAUCUCAACGUACACCAGCGCACUCACACAGGAGAGAAACCUUAUGUAUGCAGUGAAUGUGGCAAAGGCUUAACUGGGAAAAGCAUGCUCAUCGCACAUCUGCGAACUCAUACUGGAGAGAAACCAUAUAUAUGCAGUGAAUGUGGCAAGGGCUUCACCAUGAAGAGUACUCUGGGUACACAUCAGCAAACUCACACUGGAGAGAAACCGUACAAAUGCAACGAGUGUGGUAAAGCCUUUAGGAAGAAGACAUGCCUCAUACAACAUCAGAGAAUUCACUCAGGAAAAACUUCCUUUGCAUGUACUGAAUGUGGAAAAUUCUCUUUGCGCAAAAAUGAUCUCAUUACCCAUCAGAGAAUUCACACAGGAGAGAAGCCACAUGAAUGCAGUGAAUGUGGGAAAACCUUCACCACAAAGUCAGGGCUCAAUGUUCAUCAAAGAAAACAUACAGGAGAGAGGCCCUAUGGAUGCAGUGAGUGUGGGAAAGCUUUUGCCCAUUUGUCAAUCCUUGUUAAACAUAAGCGAAUUCACAGGUAGUCACUCUGGGGAAGCCUGUUGCCAGUUGUACUCAAGAUAAUAGUAUGCAGAGAAGAAUCACAAUGCAAAGAAUAUGGUGUUAUCUUUAGUGAUCAAUUACCUCAUAUUUUAUGUUGAUGAAAAAAUUUACAAGACAACUCAGACACAAUCAGCCAUGGUGAAAAUGUUUUAGGACAUUUUAUUGUCUAAAAAGUGUAUACUAAGGGCUUCCCUGGUGGCGCAGUGGUUAAGAGUCCACCUGCCAAUGCAGGGAAUAUGGGUUCGAGCCUUGGUCUGGGAGGAUCCCAAAUGCUGUGGAGCAACUAAGCCUGUGCACCACAACUACUGCGCCUGCAUUCUAGAGCCUGCGAGCCACAACUACUGAGACUGCGUGCCUAGAGCCCAUGCUCCACAGCAAGAGAAGCCACCACAAUGAGAAGCCCAUGCACUGCAAUGAAGAGCAGCCCCCGCUCUCUGCAUCUAGAGAAAGCCCACGCACAGCAACGAAGAUCCAACGCAGCCAAAAAUAAAUAAAAAUUUUUUUAAAAAGUGUAUACUGAGAUAAAGCCUAAGAAUGUGAAAGACUAGGAAAGACUUCAUUGGUAAUAGACUCUAUCAUAUGUGGUCAUCAUAGAUCAUGAGUGAAUGAAUAUUUCUAACUGGUAGAAAUAUAAUUGUGGGAAAGCCUUUGCCCAGAAGUAACACCUCAAGAGAUGUCAGUUAACACUAGAGAAAUACUUUCCUAUGGUGAUGAAUAUGGUAGGGUUUGCAGUAAUAAAUAUUGCCUCAUCAUUUGCCAGGAAAUCUGUGCAAUAACACAUUUAGUAUGGUGGCCUUUAACAAAAUAUCAGACAACUUAAUGAAGGAAAGAAGGCUUGGAGAAAUGAUGAAUGAGAACAUUGUGUUACAGGUCUAAACUUAAGGGAUAAUACACCUCACAAACAACUGGGGAAAGGAUACCUUCAGCCAUAUUUCUAGAUGCCUUGUCAUUGAUCUUAUAAAUUUUACAUAGUGGCAGUUACUCUCAUCAUGGAUUAAAUUUUAAUAUAUACAGUGCAGGAGUGUUCAAUUAUUUAAUUAAUUUUUGCAUUUCUUUGGUUCCAAGUUUAAGUGUUAUUUCAGAAUAUUUGAAGUACUUCAAAAUGAAGCAAUAUAUUUAUUUCAUAAGUAUAAGUCAACAUAUUUGGUGUGUUUAACCAAGUUUAUAAGUAGCAGCAGGGGGUUAUAAAAUUAAUAUAAAUGUGAUGUUUUUAUAACUUUUAAUUUUGAAGUAAGUUUAGAAUCACAAAAACUGAAAUAUUCCAGAGAUUUCCUAAAUCACCUUCAGUCCACUAUUCCCAAAGGUAAAACCUUAUAUAACCACACAGUUUACUAUCAAAUAGAGGAAAGUGAAAUUGUUACAUUGCUGUUAACUACAGGGUUUAUUUCUAUUGCACCAGUUUUAACGUGGUUUUUAAAUACCGCCUUAAACUUUAUCACAUAUGUAGGUUCCUGUAACCAACACCCCAGUGAAAAUUCAGAAUGCUUUGUCAACACAAACUCCCUCAUGCUACAUCCUCAUUGUCACAUCCUUUCUCUGACACUAAUCCUAUAAUUUUAUCAUUUAUAGAAUAUUAGAAAAAUAGAAUCGUUUAGGAUGUAUCCUUUUGAGGUUGACUAUUUGAGCUUGUGAAAUUGUAGAAAAUAGACAUAUUGGUCUCUGCCCCCGGUUUCUGGCACAGAGCUUCUGAAACCCUUGUAAAUUCUUGCAUGAUAAGAGCAUGUGGAGCAUCUCUUGUUCUAUUGAUGGGACUCUGGGUGGGCUCAUGAAUGGCUCCUGGAUGGGUGCUUGUCACCAAAAAAGACUUGGAAUUUUCAGCCCACUCACCAUCCUCCAGAGAGGGGAGAGGGGCUAGAAAUGGAGUUACUAAUUGAUCAUGCCUAACGUGAGGAAGCGUCCAUAAAAUCCCAACAAUAGUAGGGGCUAUGGAGAGCUUCCAGAAGGGUGAACACAUUGAAGUACAGGGAGUGUUAACACACCCCCAGCUCUAUGGGGACAGAAGCUCCUGUGCUUAGAACACUCCCAGAUCUCACUCUGUUUCUCCUCAGCUUGUUGUUCAUUUCUGUCCUUUAUCGUGUCCUUUAAUAAACUAAUAAACACAGAUAAGUGUU